GGAGGAUGGUGUGAGGUAGAUAAAGUCACAGACAUUCCAACCAAUGUUGCCAUUGAAAUAGAAGAGCAGACUUACAUCACAGUUCUAGACAAUGGGGCCUUAGAACCUUUUAAUCACAAGGACUCUGGUGAGAAUCAACUUUAACAAAAAUCCAACUUUAAAAUGCUAUUUUGUUAUUGAUUGGUAUUGUAAAGUUUUUAUUAUUAUUAUUUUUAUUUUUUUGCCAUAAGCUGGGUUUAUUAACUAAUAAUAACAAACUAAAAUUAAACAUUUUCAAAAUUUCCAUUCAUUUCUUAAUACAGGGGAAGAACCCACCAACCCUGCUGAUAUUUUCACAACCAAUAUGAUAGAUAACUCAAAAGUUGCCUUCAAGUCUGUGAAUGGCAAAUAUUGGAGUUUACAAACUGAUGGUAAAGUUGCUAGUAUAGCUGAGACUUUAGGGACUAGGGAACAGUUUGAACCUGUAUUUCAAGGUGUAAGUCUGUAACUGUAUCUGUAAUACUAUCUCCAGUUAUUUUAACUAGAUGUAUGUUAACAUAAAUCUUUACUGUUUUUAAUUUUUACAAUUCUGAUAGUUGAUUAACUAUAAGUAUGCACACAAGACUCGUUUUGCUGAUCUUUUAAAACCCUUGAUAGAUGAGUGAAUAAUUUAAUUUUUUUCCCUCUAGACAGUCAUGAAAUACAUAAUUUUUCAUCAUUACUAGUUGAAAUAAUUGUUAGAGUUCCACUUUGUGAUUCUGUCUUAAAACUCGAUGGGUAUUAAUUACACUAUAAAUACAAUUUGUUAUUUAAAUGUGGACUGUAUUUACAAAAGGCUUAUGUUACUCUAAUUUUGUUGAGUAUUAAAAAUCCUUGAUAGAGCAGUUCAUCCUUUUUUGACUUCCAAAAUUCUAUUUAAAACAGUCUUGUUAUUCAUCAUUAAUAGUUUAAAUAGUUUUUAAUUUAAUCAAAAGUUAAAUAAUUGUUAAGGUUCCAUUGUGGGAUUCUGUUUUAAAAAAUGAUGGUCACUGGUACUGAUUAGCCAUUCACUGCCAAUACAAAACUGAUGAAUCUGCUACAUCACCUGAUACAAAGUCCUCAGAUUUCUUCACUUUAACUCAUAAUUUUUAUAUUUAUAGUAGAUAUCCAUCGACAUAAAAUGUUGUUCUUUUUUUUUUUAUUGUAUGUUUUUUGUAUAUUACUACAAAUAUAUGUUUUUACAUCAGUUUAAUUCACAGGUUCUUUUAUGUAAAGUCUGAACAAGAAGAUGAUCCCACAUGUUCAAAUAAUAUUAUUUAAAUUAUUAUGUUUGUAUUACAGGGCAAGCUGGCAUUGAUUGGUAGCAACAAAUGUUUCCUGUCUUAUAAUGAAGAAGGCAACAUUGUUUGUGAGAGUUGUACAGCUGAUUCAAAAAAUUGGUUCAAACUAAGGUCAAUUCCAGCCAGAAUGAAAGAUCCAGUUGAGGAAGGUGUGUUAAAUGAAGGGUAA